GCAUGAUCGUGUUCAUGAGAAUAAUUCAUGUUGCGCAGACUCGCAGAUUGAUGAUCCGAUGCAAUCGCAUUCGACAAUGUGGGUUUUCUGUGAAAACUGCGGCAUUGGAUUUAGAAUCGUCGGAUUCGAUAAUCCCAGGCUUAGACUCUCAUGCUUACGGUGCAAUGCUCCGUCGCUGCAUUCAGAAGAACGACCCAAUUUCAGCAAAGGCUAUUCAUUGCGACAUCUUGAAGAAAGGAAGCUGCUUAGACCUUUUCGCCACAAACAUUCUACUCAACGCUUAUGUGAAAGCUGGCUUUGACAAAGAUGCGUUAAACCUGUUCGACGAAAUGCCUGAGAGAAAUAAUGUCUCUUUUGUUACUCUUGCGCAAGGGUAUGCGUGUCAAGAUCCCAUUGGUUUGUAUUCCAGGUUGCAUCGAGAGGGUCAUGAGCUUAAUCCACACGUCUUCACUUCUUUCUUGAAGUUGUUUGUUAGUUUGGACAAAGCUGAGAUUUGUCCAUGGUUGCAUUCUCCUAUCGUUAAGCUCGGUUAUGAUUCUAAUGCUUUUGUUGGAGCUGCGCUUAUUAAUGCUUACUCUGUCUGUGGUUCUGUUGAUAGUGCAAGAACUGUUUUUGAAGGGAUUUUGUGCAAAGACAUUGUUGUUUGGGCAGGAAUUGUAUCUUGCUAUGUAGAAAAUGGAUAUUUCGAGGAUUCUCUUAAGCUGCUAUCUUGUAUGAGGAUGGCUGGUUUCAUGCCCAACAACUACACCUUUGACACGGCGCUUAAGGCUAGUAUUGGGCUAGGCGCAUUUGAUUUCGCGAAAGGUGUUCAUGGCCAAAUCUUAAAAACAUGUUAUGUGUUGGAUCCUCGUGUGGGUGUUGGUUUGCUUCAGUUGUAUACACAACUCGGAGACAUGUCUGAUGCUUUCAAAGUGUUUAAUGAGAUGCCAAAGAAUGAUGUGGUACCUUGGAGUUUUAUGAUUGCUCGUUUUUGUCAAAACGGUUUCUGCAACGAGGCGGUUGAUCUUUUUAUUCGAAUGAGGGAAGCUUUUGUUGUCCCUAACGAGUUUACUUUAAGCAGUAUUUUGAAUGGCUGUGCCAUCGGAAAGUGUUCUGGCUUAGGUGAGCAACUCCAUGGUCUUGUAGUCAAAGUUGGCUUUGAUUUGGAUAUCUAUGUCUCAAAUGCUCUUAUUGAUGUAUAUGCCAAAUGUGAGAAAAUGGAUACCGCUGUGAAGUUAUUUGCUGAGUUAUCAAGUAAAAAUGAGGUAAGCUGGAACACAGUCAUUGUCGGGUAUGAGAAUCUAGGCGAAGGAGGAAAAGCGUUCAGCAUGUUUCGUGAAGCGCUCAGAAAUCAGGUGUCGGUAACUGAAGUAACUUUCUCAAGUGCUCUUGGAGCUUGUGCUUCAUUGGCGAGCAUGGACCUCGGUGUCCAAGUUCAUGGACUGGCGAUAAAAACCAAUAAUGCCAAAAAAGUUGCAGUGAGUAACUCAUUGAUAGAUAUGUAUGCAAAAUGUGGUGAUAUCAAAUUCGCACAAUCGGUGUUCAACGAGAUGGAAACGAUAGAUGUCGCUUCAUGGAAUGCGUUGAUCUCAGGCUAUUCCACACAUGGACUGGGUAGACAGGCAUUGAGAAUCCUCGACAUUAUGAAGGAUAGAGAUUGCAAGCCAAAUGGUUUAACAUUUCUUGGUGUUCUUUCUGGAUGCAGCAAUGCAGGAUUAAUAGAUCAAGGUCAAGAAUGUUUUGAAUCAAUGAUUCGUGAUCAUGGUAUUGAACCAUGUUUGGAACAUUAUACGUGUAUGGUCAGGCUUUUGGGAAGAUCAGGGCAGCUUGACAAAGCAAUGAAGCUGAUUGAAGGGAUUCCAUAUGAGCCUAGCGUUAUGAUCUGGAGGGCAAUGCUUAGUGCCUCUAUGAAUCAGAACAAUGAAGAGUUUGCAAGGAGAUCGGCAGAGGAAAUACUAAAGAUCAAUCCAAAGGACGAGGCGACAUAUGUUCUGGUAUCAAACAUGUACGCAGGUGCAAAACAAUGGGCAAACGUAGCUUCCAUUAGGAAAAGCAUGAAGGAAAUGGGUGUCAAGAAGGAACCUGGUUUAAGUUGGAUAGAACAUCAAGGUGAUGUGCAUUACUUCAGUGUGGGGUUAUCAGAUCAUCCGGAUAUGAAGCUCAUAAAUGGAAUGUUGGAAUGGCUUAACAUGAAAGCAACUCGAGCUGGUUACGUUCCUGAUCGGAAUGCGGUCCUGCUCGAUAUGGAUGAUGAAGAAAAGGAUAAGAGAUUGUGGGUUCAUAGCGAGAGGUUGGCUUUGGCGUAUGGGCUUGUUCGAAUGCCAUCAUCAAGAAAUCGCAUACUGAUCAUGAAGAAUCUACGGAUAUGUUCAGAUUGCCACAGUGCUAUGAAAGUGAUUUCAAGUAUCGUACAGCGAGAUCUGGUUAUAAGAGAUAUGAACCGGUUCCAUCAUUUUCAUGCAGGAGUCUGCUCUUGCGGCGACCACUGGUGA